AUGGAACGUGGGGCACCACCGGCGACGUCAGCGACGCCGCAGCUUGUCGAAGUUCUGACGAAGAUCCUGACCACAGAGAAAGAGCCACUCCAGAAGCUAAGCUCCUACAUCCCUCAUUUCUCCGCCAACUCCAAUCUUCUCGUGUCGCUCCUCUCGUCAAACACCUUGGCGCGAAUGCCGACCACUCUACUCUCCUUGCUCAAGUGGUCUCAGGCGCAUCUGCCGGAGACACUAAUGACCUCGUUCAUCGCCUCCGAUAAGUUGAAUUCGCUUCACUACCACAUCCUCCCUCCACCCCGAUAG